AAGCGAACAUAAAAGUGGAUUUUCAGGUGGAAUAAAUACGAACUUAAAAUUAAAACUAUGAAUGAAAAUUGAAGUUAAAUUGAGUGCUACGUGUUUCGUGUAAGCAAAUUACAUGAAGUAAUAAAGUUCAUUGAAAUUUUAUCAAUUUUAAAUUGUUAUUGAGCCCGAUAAUCUCAUAAAGAUUAGUUUCGCUCCCUGAAUAGAUAUCGCCACCAGACGUCGACACUGUACAUUUGUCAUCGCGGAUGUAAAGCAAAUCAUCAUAAUCAUUUUCCACUAUACGAUCGUUUUUUCUUCGCGAACGAGAGGGCCAAAAUACUUGUUUCUCUCGUUAUUAUUGUUGCUCAAGCUGUUAGCAGAGGGAAACGUGAAAACUAUGAAAAUUCGCUGCUAAAAUCAGACGAACUGCUAGAUUGAAGUGAAAUCAGAUCGUUGUGCGACGUAGAUUGAUAAACAAAUAAAUCUUGUUGCUCGGAGUUGGAUUUAGCUGGGCGGCAAUACGUCGGACCAGAUUGGGAAGAUGUGUGCAAAUUAGGAGAAAAGUUUGACCUUUCCCAUCUCUUAACAGCAAGGCUGGCCUACUUUCGAGAAUUGGUGGUAGCCAAAUCCGCACAAUAAAGUAUUUUGCAAUACAGGACGCUUUCUUUCGGUACGUUUUCCGCUGGUCUCGAGCAACUGGAAAAGGGGCAGAGCCGGGAGUAAGCGAGCGAUAGUCCAUCAAAACAAAGGGAAUAUUUUACCUUUUUCGUUCGUGUACACUGUUUUGAGGAAACUUCUCUCAUCAAAAUGGAAUCUUGCGCUGCUGUCGAGAAGGAAGUAGACAAAGUGGUUACGAAGUUCUCAGCCAUCAACGACCACUCACAGCGCAUAAUAGGCGAUGUGAUAGCCUUCAUCGAGAAGUUGCGUGCCUCCAUUGCGGAAGCCCCUGCCGACGAGCAACUCACCGCCGGUCAGAUCGAGGUUCUGCAUGAUGCGAUAGCCAAGGCGAAGGACAAACUACAGCGAUUAACCACCGAACAUCGGGAUUUGCACGGCACCGUCAGCAAGGUGGGCAAAGCGAUCGAUCGUAAUUUUGUAGCCGACUUCACUGCCACUUCGCGAACCGAUGUGUUCCAGUCGGAACGGAAUGUUUUGCUGCUGAACAAAAUCAUGGCACAGCAUUUCUAUCGCCAAGGAAUGGACGAUGUGGCCGACACACUGAUCAAGGAGUCGGGUUUGCCGGCGGAGGAACUCAUACCGGAACCGUAUGCCGAAUUGCAUCGAAUAUGGGAAGCGAUUCACAGCCACAAUUUGACGCCUGCCCUAGAGUGGACUACACGAUAUUCUAGCGAACUGGACGCUCGAAACAGUUCGCUAGAAUUCAAGCUGCACCGAUUAGCGUUCAUGCAGAUUUUAAACGGAGGAAUUCACGCCCAGACAGAGGCUAUCACUUAUGCACGCACCAAUUUCUCCAAAUUUGUGAAACGCUUCGAGAAGGAAAUUCAGAUUCUGAUGGGUACGCUAAUCUAUCUUCCCAUUGGUGUGCAUAACUCUCCAUACAAAUAUCUCACCGCACCCGAGAUGUGGAUCGAAGCGGCUGAUGUGUUUCUAAAGGAUGCAUGUUCCCUGCUGGGAAUUAACAAAGACUCGCCACUAUCGGUCAUCGUAAAUGCUGGUAGUACCGCUUUGCCGGCUUUAUUAAAUCUCAAACAGGUUAUGAUGUCUCGCCAAGUCACCGGAAUCUGGAAUGGAAGAGAUGAGCUGCCGAUUGAAAUUGAUCUCGAUCCGGAAAAUCGUUUCCAUUCGAUUUUUGCGUGUCCUAUUUUGAGGCAGCAGAGCUCAGAGGAUAAUCCACCCAUGAAGCUAUUGUGUGGACACGUGAUUUCCCGGGAUGCCCUCAGCAAACUCAGCAAUGGGCCGAUACUCAACAAUUCUUACAGAUUGAAGUGCCCCUACUGCCCGAUGGAGCAAUGUCCAUCCGAUGCGACGCUGAUCUACUUCUAAGGAAACAACGCGCGCCUGCCCUGUCCCCCCUAAGUAGGAACUGAGCGGUUGGUCGCGAUAGAGAACUGUAGAUCAUUAGACGUUAUACUUUCAUGAAUUUUCAUCCGUUAAUCAAUAUCUCAAUAUUUUAUAGUGAAUAGCUGGAAUAGUGUUAACUUUUUCAUGUUUCAUCAUAUUUUUUUACUGAAAAUAGUUCACAAUCCUUAUUCGAACCAUCGAGAUUAUACUUCGAGUCCUACGAUUUGGUUGCAACUUCAAUCAUCAUCUUGAACAAUAUGUAUCGAUGAGGUGUGGAAUCGUAGUUACGAGAGUCAGAUAGGUUAAAUCCGAAUCCGUAGGAGUAGCAUUGCAGUGGAAGUAUGUUAUGAAACAUUCAUACAGAGCAGGACAUACAUAAUUCCAUGGGUCUUAAGGAGUAAGCAAUUUUUCAUAGGUACACAUAUAUUUCAGCUUGAUAAAAAAAACAUAUUCCUUCAUAUUGUUUGUUGAUAAAAAAUCUAUACGAGAUACACGACGUACAUAUAUUUUGUGUUUAGACUAUCAGAUCAUUGUUUUGUUUUUGUAUGCUCAGAACCAUUUCUACCGUAUAUCGCAUCAACGUGAAUGAAUGUGUAUGAAUGACUAGGUUUGAAGGUGUAGGCUGAUAGAAGAUUAUAAAUGGUAUUUCAACUAUAGAGGAACAUGAACGAUUUUACGUUACACGAAUGCGACAUCAAAUUAUCACGAGAAAUCUAUGCAUACGAAUACCCUUAUCAAUAAAAACAGAAUGCCGACAAAAACCAAUGUAAAUAUAAAAUAAAAAUUUAGAA